GGUGUCACUUGCAUAUAGUCUGUUGUUUCACCUGCGACCAGGAUCAAAAUGAAAAUCAAGGCAUCAAGAGCUCUAAAAGAUAGACAUCAAGAGAUCAAGACUUGCUGUGGAAGUGAAUCAAGAGAUCAACAUGCUUUUUAGAUAAGCAUACCUCCGUAUAUGGCCGUUUUUGCCUAAUUAAUAUUCAUAGUUUUAGUAAAUUCUUGUACAUCUCCGUAUAUUCUUGAUCAAGAUGCGGUCGCAGGUGAAACAGCAGUUUGAUGCAAGUGACACCCCCUUGUAUAAGGACACCUGCCAUUGAAAAAAGCAACAAGGAACUCUUUGUGAUUGCACGAGCUUCUGAUACUCUAAGUGAUUCCUCUAAAGAAAAGUCCAGAGCUCUAAGAAGUGAAUAUCACUGUGACAAUCAUUCAGCUGUGACAUUACCAGCACAAAAUACUAAGAAAAGAUAUGACAAUGAAGACAAUGACAAGAAUGAAUGCGACUCUUCUGAGGAAGAAGCUGAUGUGCCUCAAGAAUCAAUGUAUAAUUACAUCAAUAAUGUUGUUGCUAAUGAUGUGAAGACUCGUGCAUUCAACUCUCUAACAAACACCCUCAUUGAAGCUAAACCAGUUGAUAUAUGGGCCAACGAAGGUGAGAAAGGGACUCCACUACCAAGAAGACCAGGUGUAGUUUUUCGCUCAAACAUUGCUAAUAUUGAAAUUCCUCAUUCUGGCACUUCCUACAAUCCAUCUUUCAAGGAUCAUCAGGUAUAGCCAUCAGUAGCUAUA